AUGUCGAUGAAACGUUUCUUCACUUCGGCGGUUGCCAUGGCGGCGGUUGUUUCUGCUGUUCCUGUUGCCCGUCCGCUCGAGAAGCGAGAGCCUGUUACGACUAUUACUCUGACUUCGGCCUCUACCUACACCGCAACUAUCGCUCCUGCUACCCCUGUCACCCCUACAGGAACUGCAGCUUACCCAGAAACUACAGCUCCUCUUUCUGGUAGCCCCAAGCCCUCUAAGAACGGCCAGCCUGACGGUUCUAAGCUCCCUGGUGUCGCAUAUGCUCCCUACCGAGGCGAUCACCAGUGCAAAUCCAAGCACGAGAUCCAGCACGAUAUUACGCAGCUCGCAGCUGAUUUUUCAGUCCUUCGUAUCUAUGGCACCGACUGUGACCAGGUCGCCAAUGUCUACUCAUGCGCCAAGGGUAGCGGCAUGAAACUGUUCCUCGGUAUCUGGAAUAUUGACGAUGUUCAGACUGAGGCCAAGACCAUCAUCCGUGCAAUUGAUGACUGGGACGUUGUCGACACCAUCAGCGUUGGCAAUGAACUUGUCAACAACGGAGCUGCCACCCCAGCAAAGGUCAUCGCCGCUGUCAAGCAGGCUCGUGAGAUCCUCCGUGCCGCAGGCUACCAAGGUCCUGUUGUCACAGUUGAUACAUUUAUUGCUGCAAAUGCUAACCCUGAGCUUUGCAACGAGAGUGACUACUGUGCUAUCAACGCUCACGCCUUCUUCGAUGCCAACACUUCUGCUGAUGAAGCUGGCCAGUGGCUCUCCAACACUGUUGAGGACCUUCGAUCCAAGAUUUCUGGCGACAAGCGUAUCGUUAUUUGCGAGACUGGCUGGCCUACAAAGGGCAACAGUAACGGCAAGGCUGUUCCCGGUAUGAGCCAACAGAAGGCUGCGCUUGACUCUAUCAAGCAGGCAUUUUCCAGUCAUAUGGGAGACCUGAUCCUCUUCUCUGCCUUCAACGAUCCUUGGAAGAAGGCCGAGGCUGCAACUUUCAUGGCCGAGCAAUGGUGGGGUAUCGAAGGCCAGGACUCAGUUUCCAACAAGGACCCGUCGUCUUCUGACUAG